GCGCAUGCGUUCUUCAAUUUUCCGGGGACCCGUCGGUUUACAUUUCAUUGCAGGAGACGUGAUCAUGUCUGCCUUCCUUCGAGCCGUGCCAAGAUUUCAGGGGCCAGCGGCAUGGGGGAGGCCUCUUCACCGGCUGUGGUGCUGCACUGGGCAGGGGGAUUCCAAAAGGUGGGCGUCUGGCAAGUCUCCCACCUCGCAGGAGAAGCCACCAGGCACAGAGACUGAGAAAUUCUACACAAUCUACCGCUUCAGAGCCGUCAGAAGAUUUGGGUUUCUGUCUCGACUGAAGUUGGCACAGACAGCUGUGACGGUGGCAGCCCUACCCCCAGGCUUGUACUGGUACUCACAGGGCCUCAUGAGUCUCAAGGCACUCUACCUCAUGAGUGGGAUCUCUUGCUUCACCCUGGCCAUGCUGUGUUGGAUGAGCUACUUCUUCCGGAGGCUGGUGGGCUUCAUGUAUGUGAAUGAGUCAGGUACCGUGCUUCAAGUGGCCCACCUGUCCUUCUGGGGGUGGCGACAAGAUACGUUCUGUGACGUGUCAGAUAUAAUACCCCUGUCAGAAUCCAAGGAACAUGCCCGGGAUCUGUUGGUGCGAAUCAAGCAAUACAGUGGCAAGCAGACCUUCUAUGUCACCCUGCGCUAUGGCCGAAUCCUGGACAGAGAACGCUUCUCACAAGUGUUUGGAACCCCAACCACACUCAAGUAAAGAGUAACGACAAGGCCCCUGGGUAGCCCUGGCUACGCUUGGAUUUCAGGCAGGAAGGCCAAGAACAUUGAUGAGGCAGAAGCUGCUAACCGGGGGCUGGGGCUGAAGCUCAGUUGGUAGACUGCUUGUCUAGCAUGCAGGAAGUGAAACCCUGGGUUCAGUCCCUAGAAAUGCAUAUAACCAGGCGUGGUUGUGUGUGCCUGUACUCAGCCAUGUAGAUGGAGGCAGGUGGAGAAGUUAUUAACCAACUUUAGGAAAAAGCCCUUACUGGAACAUUGUACUGAACAGGGCAUUCCAACGGACAGUGACCAGAAAUGUCUAUGAAGAGGUACAUCUUGGAGGAAGGCUAUGCCAAGGUCACAGAGGCAACCCCCUGCUAUGAAACCAGGGGGGUUGGCAGAGCAACACAGACUGUGGAAUCUGGAUACUCGGGUUCUGCUGAACCUCAGCUCCUUGGUCUAGGGCAGGGUAUUGAGUCUCUGAGCCUUGAAUUGCACUCUGAGAUAGAAGAGCCUUUCUCUCUCCCAUGGGGAUGAAUAUGGAAAUAACCAAUAAUGACUGAGGAUGGGAGUGUAGCUUUGUGUAGAGCUCUUGCCCAGCAUGUAUGAGGUCCUAAGUUCCACCCUGAGCACCACAGAACAGACAAGUCCAGUAAAUUCCACGUGCUGUGUAAGGUCAGCAGCCCAGGGCUUACAGCAUCAAGGAAGGCUUCCAAGCUGCUCUGCACUCACCAGCUAGAGGGCUAGUGCUGAAGCCUACACCAACUGAGAUAGGGACAGCAUCUAGCUGGGGAUGCUGACCACCGGGAGGUUCAGGGCCACUUACACUGGGGAGCUUUGCAGUGUCAUCAAGACAGAGGGACUGUCCAAGCGACCUGUCAGCUAAAGGAGACUGUGUAUGCUGCUUUUCAUAGUGGGUAACACACGAGCUUAUUAUUGUUCCUGCAUAAAGAGGAAAGCAGCCAUCAUCUUUGUAAUUUGGCCACUGAAGAUGCGUUGUUAAGUACUGAAGAUGUGUUGUUAAGUAGCUUUUUAGUAAUUUCAUUUUCUUAUCCCCCCUCAAGACAAGGUUUCUCUGUGUAGCCUUGGCUAUCCUUAAACUUCCUCUGUAGACCAGGCUGGCCUUAUGAAGCAUACUACCUGGGCAGUAAUUUCCUUUCUUGAAGAAUUUUUCCUUUAAAAUCACAUGUAUUUAUUUGUGUGUGUACACUGCAUAUGUGGAGGUUGGAGGACAACUUUUUGGAGUCCCUUUCCUUGGGGAUUAAGUUCAGGCUGUCGAGCUUGGCAGCAAGCACCUUUACUCACCGAACUGUCUUGCUGUUCCUCUAGCCAUUCUUCAUUGCUUUAAAACAAACAGCACGAACAAAGAUAACGAUAGACAUGCCGAUGUGUGUGUGCGCGGAACAGGGAUGGACACAACACAAGGCCUCAAGCCACAGAAAGGACUGCAGGCAACCCAAGAAUUCUGAAAGCAGGAGAAGCAGUCCUCCUUAGGGAAGAACACCAGUUAGUUACCAAUAAGGAGUGGUCCACCCUGAAAACACACAUUCGAGUACAGACUGAGCAAGUUAUGUUUAGAAGCAUAUGCAUAUGGGAGAGAGGAAAGGGAAGGGAAAAAUGAUGUAAUUAUAUUAUAAUCUCAAAAAAUAAAAUUUAAAAAUGUG